CUUUCUUGUGCGUCUCGCAUCCAGUGCUGUUCCCUGCGACUCGCUGAGUGCGGAGCGACGAGACGCGCUGCAUACCAACAGAGACGUACGGGAGCAGGUUAAUUAAGGCUGAAGUGGAGACUUGCGACUGAUCGGGACACACAGACUGAUCUCUGACAAAAAAAAAAAAAAAACAUAUUUAUGUCAAGUCACUGGACAGUUUCUAUUUUAUCUUUUCUAAGAUAUAUUCUCUUUCCUUCAAGGCACCGAGAGCCAAACUAAGUAUCUGGGAUAUUUGUUUUUUUUUUUCUGCUCUGAUAUUUUUCUGGUUGAGAGAUUCUUCCACACAGAAGACAAACAACACCUCUCCAUCUCUCUCCGACAUCCUAAGGAAAAGUGGACAAGACUGAUGUUUUCGUGCAGUCACAUGUAGAAGCGUUGGACUAUUGCUGUUGACAUUCAUUGAGUGGGUCGUUUUUUUAUAUAUAUAUAAAUAUAUAUAUAGACACACAGAAUCCCCACAACGGUACCUUAAAAAGGAGGAAUACCACCAGGCUGCGAAAACAAGCAGAAAAAUCAAUCAGAACUCCAUCAUGGGCUGCCCCCUCUUGCGGAACGUGUUUGCUGGUUUGAUCCUGGUUCUGCUGUCGAAAGGGUCCAGUGUGCACGGAGCAGAAUUCGGACACCUGCCGGACAACAUUACAGUGUUGGAAGGAGAAAGCGUCACUUUGAGAUGUCGGAUCGACGAGGAGGUGACCCACAAGGCCUGGCUGAACCGCUCCAACAUCCUGUUCACGGGGACAGACAAGUGGUCAUUGGACAAGCGUGUGACGCUGGCCAACAGUAACAACAGUGACUUCUCCAUCCACAUCGAGAAGGUGCAAGUAACCGAUGAGGGGCCCUACAUUUGCACCUUCCAGGCCAAUAACAAACCCCGCAUGGCCCAGGUCUACCUCAUUGUCCAAGUGCCGGCCAGAAUCGUCAACAUCUCAAAAAACGUGUCGGUGAACGAAGGAGAGAAUGUAAACCUCUACUGCCUGGCAGUGGGUCGGCCUGAGCCCACCGUUACCUGGAAGGACCAGAAAUAUGGGCUGGUGAGUGAGGGGGAGUUCCUCGACAUCACAGAGAUUAAGAGGCAGCAGGCCGAGGACUACGAGUGCAUCACUAACAAUGGAGUUGCUCCGCCCGAUCAGCGCAAGGUCAAGGUCACAGUCAACUACCCUCCGAUGAUCACAGAUAUGAAAAACAUGCCAUCCCAGUUGGGCAAGACGGCCAUCCUGCGCUGUGAAGCCAUGGCGGUCCCGCCAGCUGUCUUCGAGUGGUACAGAGAUGAACACAGGCCGGUAGAGACUGACAACACCCUGAUGAUCAAAAACGAGAAGACGCGCUCGCUGUUGCUGUUCGCCAAUGUGACGGAGAAACACUUUGGCAACUACACCUGCUUUGCCUCAAACAGUCUGGGGGCUUCCAAUGCCAGCAUGCUGCUUUUUCGACCGGGGGCCAUACAGGGGCGAGGGACUGCUUUACAUGCAGGAAUGAGUGUCAGCGUGUGCGCCUGGGUUUCCCUCUCUACCAUUCUUCUGCUGAAGGUGUAAAGAUCGAGCCUCCACCUGGAAUUUCGUCCCUUAAUGUCCCUGAAAGCCUCCGUCUCCUCCUCCCCAAACCCCACCCCCCCCUUCCCCUCUCUUCCCGUCCGUGGAAAGGAAGAAGGAAAUGAAAUUCUUUAAUUACGAACCCAUCACUGUGAACAAAAAAAGAAUAUGCAUUAAUCCGGGAGCCAUUGAAUCAUUGCAUAAAACACACAUAUACCACAUCACUCCCCCUCCAUAACCUCAACACCCUUAAUUCAAUUUCGAGGUCAAAUCACACAUUAUCUCUUCGUCACUCAUGCACACAGUCUGUCUCCCUCUUUUUGUCUCCCAGAAUGCCUUGCAGAUCUAUCUGACUUGGUACUCCUGCCCCCCCCUCUCCCCACUUCCUUAUUUUAUCCUCAUUAUUACCUCAUUAUAUAUAUUAAUGAUUAUUGUGUCGGUGAUCAAUGAGAAAAUAGAUAAUCUAACAACUGGACGAUCAUUUAUGUAAUAUACUACAUAGACUAAUGACUCACCUACAAUGUUUGCCUUAUGGAAAUGAUACAUAAAAUCACAAUAUUAUGGUGGAUAUUUAUGGAAAUUAUAGUUAUAAUGUGAUACUGGCGGUCGUGUGACCUUUUGAAAAUUGUCCAAUUGGUGGCCAUGUGAAGUGUCACACUUUGAUCACACACAUACAAACACCUACACACACACACACACGUAUGGAUUUUUGAUUUUAACUGUGUAGCAGUGAAGCUGCUAUGAAUGAUGUCAAAAUGUAUCAAAAAAAAAAAAAAAAAAGGGUGGGUGGUGACGGCGUCGGUCCUAACUACCCCUUUGUGUAAUUUGGGGGAUUUAUACCAAGGUUUCGCAUGUUGACACCCUCACUACCCAAACCUUUUUAGCCCCCCCCCCCCAUGCCCCUCUGUUCUGCGUGCUCUGUCUAGUCGCCUUUCGCAUCGCUAUAGUGUUCUCUACUCCGUGUCACCUCCCCCUUCUCCCUACUCCCUCCGUUUUCCUCCCCAGUGUAAAUAUAUGCAGUACAGAGGCCACGCCGGUGACCUCAAGUCACCCGGCUCCGGACAACAUCUCCCAUCAGCCUCGACUACACUCCAGUUUUCUGAAGCAGCAAGAGACUGUCCGGUGACAACAAUAUCUUCUGUUUCAAAGCUGCGGCUCCAUCCUCUUUGUCGCUUGUUGAUAGCAUGUACCGGUUAGAGAUGUUCCUGUCGUGAGUCCAUACUUCCCACACUCUCCCUCCCUCUCUCCCUCCCUCCCUCCCCUGCACUGUGUCUGUUUUACUCUGCAAGGUUACCUGCUUUUACUUUUUUGGUGUUAAUAAUAGUACAGAUGAUGAUGAUGUUAAUAAGUAUUUGAAUAACUAUGAAUAGUAAUUCCAUGUGAGAAAAAAAAAAAAAGAACAAAAUCCGAUGGUAAUGAGCUGUGCGUGGGAAAAAUAAUUUUUGUACUCCAAGAAGUCACACACAUUGAACGACUACAAUGAAAAAAAACAAAACAAACAAACAACAAAAAAAAGAGAUGUAAAGUUUUCGAAGUGAUGUGCUCUAUUUUGCCAUGACAAGCUUUUUAAAAACGCAUUUGAAACAGUCCAAGGGAUUAUUUCAUCCGAGUCCAGAAGCAGUGAAUGAUGAUGUAAUUUAUAAUUUGUAACAGUUUAUGUAUUGGACUCUUUUUCUCAUGCUGUUAACUGCAUCACACACCCAUUUACAGCAUAUUUGUCCACUUAUCAUAGUGUGUCUCCCUCCGACCAGCUAGAUAAAUGAUUUGGAUCCAUGUCAGUCUCUGGUCGUGGCUGUAAGUCGGUUCUUGUUCGGCCCGACCGCAGGGAGAUAAAGAUGUAAUUAGCCAUUACCUGUGGCUGGCUAAGUGAAGGAGCCUGGGCUCCACCUGUCCCUCCUGCCAGCCAGUGAUGGCCCCCAUAAAUCAAGCUCAAUCCUGCCUCUGACAGGAAUCCUCUUCAAGGACAACCUCGCCUUGGUGCACCAGUACUUCAUCCAAUGUAUACCUGUGACAUGCAGGCAUGGGCACUACAAAAUCCCCAUGGCACAAUUAUCCAUCCAGUUCCCCUGCACAGCACAAACAGUGGGAGGUAAGCCCAUAUUUCAUUACGGUGGCACUCGUUUCUCCGCUGAAACACUGUUCCACACACAUGCAGCGACUAUAUGCAAAUUUGCCAUAACAAGCCUGCACGGAGAGAUGAGUUUACCCCGGCUGAACCCUGACUACUACGACCUUAAAGGGGAAUAACUCAGUAUUGAAUCAAUUGUCUGAAUGUGUUUUAUGUUUGAUUUUGUUUCAAACCAGCAAUAACCCCUAACUCUACUGUGGAAGAGGUAUCAGAUAUGGUUAAAGCUGUGGUGUAAUAUCUGAAAAAUUUACAUUAACAAGAUAUAUCAAAUAAGUCUGUUGUUGUACUUUUACUGUGUACAGUACUAUGAAAUGAUUGUGAAGCUCUGUUUAAAUGGCCCUUAAUCUAAAAACACUACAUGUUGUACUCAAAAAGUCUUGCCCUCCGCGAUGUAGUCGGGUUGUCCGUGUGACAGAACACACACUGUUUGUGCAUGCAUCUUGUUGCUCCAAAAAUAACGAUGGAUUCCAUUUCAAGCACAAGAGCAGGUCGUUUGGUCAGUGCUUCUUUUCUCUGUCUCUGUCACUUUUUCAUCCUCUCUGUAUCUCUCCGUCUUUCAUGCCCGUUUGUUUGUUUUUUUAUUUCUGUUUCUCACUCACAUACUGUACUGUUCCAUGUCAGCGUCCCACUGGGUUUGUCAGUGGCAUAUAACAUCUGUAUGUACAUAAUCUGUCCUUGAUGAAAAAAAAGAAAGAAACAAAAAAAAAAACAACAACAAAAAGAAAACGUUAAAAAAAAAAAAAAUCUACAACAACAUGGACAAAAAAAAAAAUAACAUACUGUCAUGUUUCUCAAUGUGGGUUUGAAAAAAAAAGCACGUCAAUGUUCGUGUAUGGUUGGAUUUUGAAAAAAAAAAAAAAAAAAAAAAAAACAUUGUAUGUUGUGUUCAGGUUCAUGGGUAAAAGGGUCCAGAUGGAGGGAAAUUCGGUCAAUAUGACAUGAAACCAUGGAGUGGUGAUAAACAAAAUGUGGGCAUUUGUACAAACAAACGGCAAAAGAACAUGUUUUUAUGAGUCACAAUGUGUGUGAAUGAGUCACACUUCUUAGUGCGAGAGAGGAGGAUUGGGGAGGGUAGCGGGCACGGAGGCGGUUGCGGAUCCCCUGGGUGCACAAUUGGAGGGUUUGAGGAUGCUGUUGAGAGAGCACCCAGGCCGACGGGGGCCUGUGGGAGGAUACCCUGACAAUGCAGAGCCAGGGGGAGAUGGGAUGACACUAACCAGACAGUGAACUCUCCAUUUAGGGAAAGAAGACAGACAGGCGCUCAUGUUGCAUUUCCAAACUUCGACACUCCCAAGGGGAAGGUGUACCACGCUCUAUUUACGGUUGCACUAUGUAAUAUGAAUAACAUUAACACAGCCUUGAUCACAAACACAGUCUGGCCUACUUCAAGUGUAUAAAUAACACCCCAACUGGGGUUCAAUGAGUUCACCGGGAUAUAAACAAGACGUUUGCUCGGCCCCUAAUUACAUUCAGCACACCCUGAUGGGAAAGUGUUGAUUGGCUCCUGCAGCUAAAGGUUAUGAUGAUCUGUUUACAGAAUCUUUGUUAACAAGGUGCCAUGAAGUUCUUGUUUAGAGCUCACAAAGCUAGCACUUAGUUUACAGCACAUAGCAUUAUUUUGCACUAUAAUAGCGAUACUUUGUUUUUGUUUUUUAAUGGUAGGAUUCUUUUAAUUAGUUCACACAGGUGAUAGCUGGGAAAGCAGGUGAAUUUAUAUAGCUGUUAAUGAAUGGCGCUCAUGAGCGCAGUGCUGUGACUUUUAGGGAUGGGAUUUGUAAAAUACCGAACAGUUUCGGAGCACUGUGCUUUUGCUGAGAAGAGUAAUGAAGCUCUAGUUUGUAAGGACAGAUACCUGAUGCAGUGAGAUAGUAAAAUAAUUAUGGUGCUUUAAAACCAAGACUGUAGAAUAGUAAAAUAAGUGUACAGUUAGCCCAGAGAAGAUUUGAAUGUACUGCUUUCUACGCUUUUUGUUUUGUUGUUUUUCAUGUGGGAGGCUCAGGCUAUAGUCUUUUCUGCAACAACCCAACCUACACAGAACAGAUCCUGGACAGACUU